AUGCAGUCAAGCAGUGCAAGGCCUGAUGCAGUCACUUUGAUCAAUUUGCUUAAAUUGUGUUCUGAUCUGGCUAUCUUGGAUCUUGGAAGAUGGGUGCAUUUUUACAUGGAUAGAAACAAAAUAUCUGACCUAUACUUGAACACUGCUCUGAUACACAUGUAUUGUAAAUGCGGAAAUGUAGCAGAUGCAAUUGACGUUUUCAACAAGAUGCCAACAAUGAAUGUCAUGUCAUGGACAGAAAUUAUACCAGGACUUGGAUUGAAUGGCUGCAACCAGCAAGCUCCCAAUUUUUUUGCAGCGAUGCAAAGGGAAUCCAUGGUUAGACCAGAUGAAAUCAUGUUCAUUACAGUCUUGUCCGCUUGUAGUUAUGCAGGCUUGAUUGAGGAAGGGUGUUACUACUUCCAUAUGAUGACAGAAACUUAUGGCAUUGAGCCAACAGUUGAGCACUAUGGUAGCAUGAUUGAUCUUCCGGGACGAGCAGGAUUAUUUAAGAUAGCUGUGGAAGUUGUGAAAUAUAUUCAAGAAACAGGAAGUGUUGUUGGUGCAACUUAUGUGACUUGCUCUAAUAUAUAUGCUGAUGCUAUGUUAUGGGAGGACGUUUGUAGAGUAAGAAAGGGUAUGACAAUUUCUGGGGUGGAGAAGAUACCAUGA